GCUCAUGCAGCUACAUCCAGGUCUGGUAACACCUGGAAAGCUAGUCAUCGGCUUUCCCUUUCUGAGACUUUAAUAGAGGACCGACAUUUUGACGUACGCAGAAAAAAAGAUCAGAAGCGCUUACUGUGUGGAAAUAAGAACAAAAGUGGCGCGACAUGUUUGUGAUACAACACUGGUUGAUGAUUUAUCUCGCAGCUUUUUGCCUUUUUGUUUCAUCGAAUGAUCCGUUCGCCACUCUUCUAUUUCUUUGAUGUAGUCUUCAUUUUUUUCAGGACUUCUCACAUCUUUCUAGAAGAGUCAUAACUUCCUUCAACAUCGCACUUACACUUUCACAAGAUCAACCAAAAUGUCCGACAGUGAGCAAGAGUUUGAGUACGAGUCGGACAGCGUAGUGUCUGACGAUGGCGAUGAGGAGGCCAUCGUCAUCGAAAACCGGUUCUACGAAGCGGACGAUGUGAAGUUGUCGGAGCCAAGUCGAGCGUUGGCGCAGUUCCAGUCAGUGGUGCAACUAGAAAACGAGCGUCAGAGCAAAGGUGGCGUAGCUGUUUGGAAAUUCAAAGCGUUGCAGAAUAUCGUAAUCCUGGCAGCAAGGGUGGGGAAGCAUGAAGAAAUGUAUGAAACGCAUCAAGAGCUAUUGGCCUUGUUAAGCACAGUGACGCGAAACGACGCCUCAGAAGCGAUCAACAGCAUAUUGGAUACGAUAAACGCGAUCUGUAUGAAGCGCAAAAGUGUACUCAUCCUCAAGAAAGUAGGCACUUUCUAAGUAGGGAAAACCUUCUUUUCUUGAGUAUGAGUACACUUUUUCCUGUCAUAAUCUACGGGAGUUCUGCUAAAGACGUAGUUACUUCUACUAAAGACGCAGUGCCCACUACAGGCGCAGCAGGAGGAGGGACGGUGGGAGGAUCCACAACCGCAGCUGCAGGCGAUCCAAUCCACGCUAUGUAUGAGAUGAGCUUGGAAACCCUGAGAGCCAACAAGAAUCCCUCUCUGUGGCUUAGCACGUGCAUCAAGCUCGCGAAGCUGUACUUGGCGCAACAUGAGAGACUAACGACGAGUGGUCGUCCGAUUUCUUCAGGUGUCCACAAGUUAAGUCGUGUUUUUCGUGCCUAGACCGUAAACGUGAAGAACGUCGAACAAAACCUCACUCCCACUCUUGUACUUGUAGGUAGAAAGGAUUUAUUUCUUAAAUCUUUGCUUGGCUGGAGAGGUUCAGGUAGAACAAUACAGGGGAAGUUUUUUGCCUCAAUCCGAUGGGUUUUGUACUCAUCUUCCUCGCUCUAACCAAAGCAGCCGAGGAGCAAGCUCUUGCUAACAAAAUCAAAGCUCUGGUCCCGAGAAUGUAUGAGAUGAUGUCCGAAAAUGGAAUUGGUGGCGGUGCUGCUGGUGCAAUGAAUAACAACAGCAAUACAGCCAAUACAUCGUCACAAUGGAUCGAAAUUUAUGCUGUGGAGCUUCAGUAUCUGGCUUUGUUAUGGCAAUGCCUGUCAUGUCUGAUGUCACCAUGCAUGGAAGAUAUGAGUUUGAGUUCGGUUUAUAGUGGUUGUAAAGGAUCCACCUCUUGCACUAGUGGUAGACGUAGUAGACGAGAGCACCGUUUUCUUCUUGCUUAGAGGACCACCACCGUCAUCCUCUCUAACUUUCGUCCAAGACCACGAGCGACUCAAGAUGCUAUACCCAAAGACCAUCGAGUUGAGCAGUGCCAUAGCUGACCCCCGAAACUUAGCCGUGAUCCGAGAGUGUGGAGGUCGCUACCUCUACAUGAGAGAGCGGCAGUGGCAACUGGCAUAUAAUGAGCUUUUUGAAGCCUUUCAAACCUACCAGGCAACGGGGAACGCCCCAAAAGCAAAGCUGAUGCUCAAGUUUUUAGUGCUAGCAAAUAUGCUCAGCGAGAGCGAUAUCAACCCGUUUAACAGCAGGGAGGCGAAGGUAUUAUUUAUAAAUCUGUAGAGUUCAAAGAACUUCUACUACUUCGACCAACUAAAUUAAGUGAAGAACAAAACCUUGAAGAUCGUGUGCGUCUUCAAGAUCAGAUACGAAAAAAAUCUGGUUUUUACACUUUCCCGAGCUUGGUUUUUACACUUUCCCGAGCUCACCUUGCCCAGGUCUACGCAGAAGAUCCAGAAAUCAAGGCCUUGAUGCAGCUCCGGCAGUCAUUAGAGGAGUUUAGUAUAGAGAAACUAGACCAGAAUCUUUUCCUAUUAACUGAGGACGUGCUCCUAGCUGAGUACAAGGAGGAACUCGAGUCUUGUACUCGAUCACGGAUCGCGGCGCACCUGCUCCAGCCAUACAGAAGUAUGCGGCUGCAGAACCUAGCGGGAGAGUUGAACUUACGCUCAUCGAUGAUCAGACUCAGAUCUGUGAUAGUGAUGUGAUUCCAGUUUCCUGACUGUACUACAAGAACAAGUACUACCUGACUGUACUACAAUAGCUGUACUACAAGAACAAGUACUACAUCAUAGGUCUUCAGAUCCAGUAUCCCCAUUUUAAUACACCUAGCUUAGUAGGGAUCUUUUCUGUUCGUCUUCCGCUAAUCCCCGUCAACAUGGAGAAAACCUUGCAAAUUCUUGGGUCCUUGAUUCGUAGUGGCAAAGUAAAGGGUUCCAUAGACGAAGUGAAACAGUUAGUCUUGAUGGAGAAGAAGCCGACAAUGAGGGAGCAGCAGGCCACUGCCAGAGCCGAGCAAAUCGAGAAUUGGAUUUCAAAAUUGGAACAGAUAGCAGACGCUCCCCUCUUGAGUCCUGCAAUGGCCAAUGACAUUACUGCGAAUUUGAUGAAUGGCGCUGCUGGAGGACCAGGUGGCGGUCCUCAAGGACUCAGUGCAAAUCAAAGUCUUAACAAUACUCCUGGUGGUGGUGGAAGAGGGUUCGGUGCUGGUGGAGGUCUAGGAGGACUUAGCUUGGGGGGAAGUCAUCAGGGAUCCCCAGCUGUGUUGGCGUAAGACUUCUCAUUUGACAAGCACAUGUUGUCAUGUUCUUGAUGUUCAACA